AUGUACUCCAUAGUUGAUACUCACGUGCAUCUUCUAGCAGAUGUUCACAAUUUAGUCUGGCAAUGGAGAGCGCCCCAUCCACUUUCGGGAGAUCAUCGUGUGGAUGAAUUUAUUUCGCAAUGCAAAGAUGAACAAGCGCGGUUUCUGGUGAAAGGGCUAGUGUGGAUCGAGGCAGAUGCCUUGCACGAUCUCGAUAAGGGAAUUGACGGCGUGAGAGGGCCCAUUGAAGAAUGCAAAUUUGUCCUGCGUUAUUACUCGGGAACCCAGCUGGGCGAAGGUGAAACCAGACCAGGUUUCAUCAAGGCCAUGAUGCCAUGGGCUCCAAUUCCAUGGGGACAAGAUGUUGUGGAGUACGUGGAGGUGUUGAAGAAAGAGCUUGGCCCGCAGUUUGAGCAUGUCAAGGGAUUUCGCUACUUGCUUCAGGACAAAGAGCCUGGAACAAUGACAACGGCGAAGUUUAUUAGCGGAUUGAAGUGGAUCCAGGAAAAGGACUACGCAUUCGAGUGGGGCAUCGACAUCCACAAUGGCGGUCUUUGGCAGUUUGAGGAAUCAAUUGAAGUUUUCCGCCAGGUGCCAAACACCCGGUAUCUCAUUAAUCAUUUGACCAAACCCAAUCUUGAUUUGGACCCAAAGAAAACGCAUGAAAGCGAACAGUUCCAGAAGUGGAAACAGUGCAUGCAACAGAUUUACGAGCUUACACCAAACUCGUACAUGAAGCUUUCAGGUGGAUUUUCUGAACUCCCUGAACUGCUCUGGAAUGAUUUGGAGAAGGCCGUAGAAACGAUUUAUCCUUGGUUCAAAGUCUGCUUUGAUCUUUGGGGUGCAGAGCGCACAAUCUGGGCAAGCAACUGGCCUGUGUGCUCUAUGUUUGCAGGCCCAGAGUUACACUCGAAGUGGUUUUCUGUCACGGAAGGUCUCUUUGACAAGAUUGACCUCUCAAAAGAAGACAGGCAAAAAAUCUACGAGAGUAACUGGGAGCGGGCGUUUGGCGUAUAG